GCAACUUGAUUGGCUUGUCGGCUCAAACUAAACACUACAGUUUUGUAAAUUUGAUAUUUUAUGGAUGCAGCUUUUUAUGAUAUCUCCUGCUUUGUUUGUUGUGGAAAUUUCUGACCUUCAUCAUGUCAAGGAUUUACUUGCAAUCAGUCUCUAUAGUGACACUUAUCUGGUCUCGUGAAGAUAACCAAUCCAGAGUAACAAGAAGAUCUCUAGAUUCAGCCUCUAAAUGAAAACUUGCUGGGUUGAUUGCUGCAAACAAAUGUUGAUUGGCUUAUCUAUAUCAUCCCAGACCUUAUCAUUGCACCUUCUCCAAAACAAACACUUCAAUCUUAGGAUGCGAGAGUUGUUGAAGAGCAGCGAAGAUGAAGGCUCUCAUGUCAUCCACUGAUAGAGCUAGACAGUCCACCUUAUGCUUCAAUGAUACCUCCUGCCAGACCUCUUUAGCUUGCUCACACCCAACAAAAACAUGCCAAUCAUUUUCAACAUAUUCCCAUCAUAUUCAAGGAUUAAUUUGAUAUUAAAGUUUAGAGAUUAAUUUGUUAUUAAAUGUUAACAAGACUAAUUUUUCACAUUUUUUAUGAGAUUAAAUUUGAGUUUUUCAUCUGACCAAUUUUUUGGACCUCACAUUUUCAGGGAUAAAUUUGAGUAUUUAUCCUAAAAUCUACACAAAAGGAAAGGGAGUGCGUUUAGUAAUUAGGAAAGUAUAAACACCAAUUAUCCAGAAUUGAAGAGAAGGGAAGAACGACAAAGUAUGGCUGGGGACCGAGAUACGCAUACCAUCAUCAUCAUCAUCUACAUACAUGCAUCAUCAGUCAUCAACUGAUAACUAUCUGAGUGUUUGGUGGACAAUACUGACACGCAUCAUCUCUCUCACACUCUCAAAAUGCUAACCUUCAAUGUCAAUGCUAUCUCUUCUUCGUUCUCAGUUGUUCAAUUUCAUGCCAAUUAUCCACUGUCUACUCAAACUCAAUUGUUAGUUCCUUCCAAUCUUAAUUUCUCCUUUGCUACAACAGGUAGCCACACUCUCACUGUCUUGCCUUCUUCCCUUGUGUUCAUUUCUUAUCAUAAUUUAUUUGCUGUAAUGCUUUCUCUGUUGGUUUCAGCAACCAGAAAGUUCAAGUCUUUUCAGCUCAAGGCUGGAUUCUGGGAAUCAAUUAAAUCUGGGUUGAUGAAGAAUAACUCAAUGCAAGUCAUUGAUCCACCCUCCACAGAUGAAGAAAAUGAAGAGCCUUUGUCUCAAGAGUUUGUCCUUGUGGAAAAGACAGAACCCGAUGGUACAAUUGAGCAAAUAAUAUUCUCUUCAGGUGGAGAUGUUGAUGUUUAUGAUCUUCAAGCUCUUUGUGACAAGGUAGGGUGGCCGCGUAGACCGUUGUCAAAAUUAGCUGCCGCUUUGAAAAAUAGUUAUAUAGUAGCCUCACUACAUUCUAUAAUAAAGUCACAUGGGUCAGAGGGGAAUGAACAGAAGAGAUUAAUUGGCAUGGCCCGUGCUACGUCUGACCAUGCCUUCAAUGCCACAAUUUGGGAUGUCCUAGUUGAUCCAGGCUACCAGGGCCAAGGUCUUGGUAAAGCUCUUAUAGAGAAACUGAUUCGAACUCUUCUGCAAAGGGACAUUGGCAAUAUAACUCUGUUUGCAGAUAGUCACGUUGUGGAAUUUUAUCGCAAUUUAGGCUUUGAAGCUGACCCAGAGGGCAUAAAAGGCAUGUUUUGGUACCCGAACCACUAAUUGCAACCCUACCAAAGCUUUUUUUGCUUAGGUCAACAUUGCAAUUUGCAACCAUGAAGUAUACAAGAGAGAAGCAGUGACAAAUUUAUCUAUCACUCAUAAUAUGAAAGUAGAAAGGUUCAAUCCAGUAAUUAUUGUGUUUUAGGUUUUAUAAGUUAUUCAUUUUUCCAAAGUUUUGCUACUUUUCAAACAGAUGAUCAUGAUGAGGCUUUGAUUAGUAGGCCUGCUUUAUAUUUGAAAAACAUAAAAUCCACCACUUACUGAUUGUGGUUUUUUUUUUUCUUCAUUUUUGGAUGAAUUAUUUUACUAUAUAAGGUUAGUGGUUUUCUUCGGGCGUUUCUAUGUUGAGUCUUAAUAGGCAUGAAUUGUCAAUGCAAAAGUUUCAAAAUUAUUAUUUGAUAGA